ACGGAAGGCGGCUCGGAUAGAAGGAUAGGGACAAUCGCGAUCGAGUCUCUCACUUUCGGAUUUGCCACCACCCGCACUCCUCAUUCCAGAAUCACGUCGCCAUAAUGGCUCCCAGUGCCCACGCACCCUGCAAGGAUAUUAAGCACCCACUAGAUCCCGUGACUGCCGAUGAGGUCCGUACCGUGAAGCAAGUUCUCGCGGACGCCGGGUACUCAAGUCCAGAGCUGCGCUACGCGUAUGUGAUGCUAUUUGAGCCCGAUCAUUCCACGCUGGACAAGUUUGAGGCUGGCCAACUGACAGAGAUCCCUCGUGAGAUCGGCAUGCUGGUGCUCGACCAAGCCACGAACGUCACGCGUGACUUCGUGGUGGACGUUGUGGCUCGUCGUAUUGUCAAAGAGGUAGAGCUGGACCCCAAGAUCGAUGGACAGAUCCCGAUCUUGGAUCAAGACUACUGGGACGGCGACUCAAUCUGCAAAGCUGACCCAGACUACGUCGCCGCGCUGGCCAAGCGGGGCAUUACCGACCUCGACAUGGUGCGCGGAGAGCAGUUCUCGGCCGGUGUCUUCGGCUACGAGGGUGAGGAGGGCAACCGCAUGAUCCGUGUGUUGAGCUUCCUAAAAGUUGAAAAUACACAUGCCAUGUAUGGCCACCCGAUCGAUGGCCUCGUGGCACACGUCGAUCUAACGAACCGGAAGGUGUUGAAGCUGGUCGAUACGGGCUACACUCACAUCCCCAUGGAGUCGGGCGACUACCUGGAUCCCAAGGUCACGGGACCCAUGCGUACAGACAUGAAGCCGUUGCACAUCAAACAACCCGAAGGCGCCAGUUUCACCGUCAAGGACAACAUCGUGUCAUGGCAGAACUGGGAGAUCCGCGUCGGCUUCAAUGGACGUGAGGGACUUACGCUGCACGAUAUUUCUUUCAAUGACCGUGGUCGAAAGCGUAAGAUUCUUAACCGCGCGUCGGUGUCUGAGAUGGUUGUGCCCUAUGGUGAGCCUUCGCCCACGCACGACUGGCAGAACUACUUCGAUGCCGGUGAAUACCAGUUCGGUCGUCUCGCAAACUCUCUCGUUCUGGGCUGCGACUGCCUCGGCAAGAUCCAGUACCUGGACGCGACGGUCGUGGAUGAUUUCUGUGAGCCGUUCGUAAUUAAGAACGCUAUCUGCAUGCAUGAAGAGGAUUUCGGUACGCUGUGGAAGCACACGGACGUGCUGGCCUCACCGCCCACCGGCACGGUGCGUCGCCAGCGUCGAUUUGUGGUGUCUUUCUUCGUGACAGUCGGUAACUACGACUACGGAUUCUACUGGUACUUCUACCUUGACGGCAGGAUCGAGCUGGAGUGCAAGGCCACGGGUAUUGUGUUCACAUCCGGACGCCCGGAGGGUGAGUACGAAUAUGCGACUGAGAUGGCCCCUCGUCUCGGUGCUCCGUGCCAUCAGCACCUGUUCUCAGCACGUCUGGAUGUAGCCAUCGAUGGCAAUAAAUGCCACGUCGACGAACUGGAGGCUAAGCGUCUGCCGAUCAGUCCCGAGAAUCCACGCGGCAAUGCGUUCAUUCGCACUGCGACCCGACUCAAAAACGAGAGCGAUGCUCAGCGUGUAGCUGCAAUGGACAAGGGUCGGGUGUGGCGUAUCGCCUCGAGCGAGGCCAAGAACCGACUCGGUCGAUCCACGGGCUACGCGCUGUUCCCGGAAGGCCAACCGGUGCUCCUGGCUGCUGACGGAUCAUCGAUCUGGAAGCGUGCGAACUUCUCGACCAAACACUUGUGGGUCACUAAGUAUGCGCGCGAUGAGCUGUGGGCUGCGGGCUACACACCCAACCAGCACCCGGGCUUUGCCGGUCUACCUAGCUACGUAAAGGACAACCGCCCAGUGGAUGGCGAAGACAUUGUCGUGUGGCACACCUUCGGUCUCACGCACUUCCCGCGCGUUGAGGACUGGCCCAUGAUGCCCGUGGACUACGCGGGUUUCAAGAUGAUCCCGGAGGGUUUCUUCGACCGCAACCCGACGCUAGAUGUGCCUGAGGACCCGAACGGCAAGGGCAGCUCCGAUCUGCACGGAUGCUGCCAUGCAACCAAAGAACCUGUAUCAGAGCCGUAAGUACUAACGUUAGUGAAGAGGAAAAUAUACUGAGUCGAGCCAAAAGCCAAUUGAAAUUGAAAGAAAAAUGUCAAUGCAUUCGAAAACUUGAAAAACAC